CAACUCUCAAGAGCCCUGCAGCACUGCCAUUGUGUUCAGACCGACAAGUGAUAGUUUAGAUUCUUCUCGAGCGGAUUGCGGAUCGUGUGGCCCUAAGAGAACUCUGCCAAACUACCUGCCUAGACUUGGGAAAGCAGUGAAAGGCCAUCAAGCCACUAAAAGAAUGUUCCUUCUCGCGGCAUUUUGCCUGGCUCUGACGGCGAUGGGCGGUCAGGCCAGGCCCCUGGAGCCCACGGCCCAGCACAUCGUGAUCGUGACCCCGCAGGCGCAGGUUCAUCUGGAGCCAGCCCUCCGCUACGUCCACGGACUGUCGCCCCUGGCCCGCGUGUCCUCGCCCCACCACCAUGAGGAGACCAUCGUUUAUGUCCCGGCCGGAUCUACUGCCCAGGUGGUGCCAGUGGUGGAUGCCGUGGGAUCUGGCCGCGCUGGCGGUGCUCCGGAGACCAAGCAGUGGGAGAACACGGGAGAGAUUGCCAACCAGAUCCAACAGGUUUCCCAACAGGGAGUCGAGAUCGUGAGUGGCCAAUUGAGCGAGGCGGCGGCAUCGGCAGCCUCCGCCGGUGCGGGCUUCUUCCCCUCCCUGUUCCCGCCCAGUGGUUCCAAGAAGGAGGAGCAGCAACUGCUGCAGAGUCUGAAGGGCGAUAAGAUUGAGCUGAUCGAAACGCCUGCCAAUACGCAGCCUUUGAUUGCCACCGAGGCCAGACACUUCUACAGCAUUCCCCAGGUGUAUCACACCCCAGUGGUGGAUGUGGUCCAUGGACCCCUCUACACCUGGCCCAUUUCCGCCAUUCGUGCACGCAGCAUCCAGCAGGAACCGGAAGCGGAGUUGACAGCCGCCGAGCCUGCUCUGAAGCAGACCUUGAAGGCUGAGCCGGAACCACAGGCCUUGUUGAAGGAACAGCCCCUGCUGAAGGAGCAGUCCCUGCUGAAGGAGCAGUCCCUGCUGAAGGAGCAGCCACAGCCACUGCUCAAGGAACAGCCCCUGGAGAAGGUGUCUUCGGAGCAGAAGCCCAUCAUUCCCGAUGCCAGCGAGCAGAAGGCUGAAUUUGCAGGACGCCUCCUGGAGAGCAAUGCCAUCAAGCAGGAACUGAAAGGUGCCGAGAUUGCGAAGGAGCAACUGAAGGAGGAUUCAGCUAAGAUUCAGCAGCAGGAGGAGCUGAUCAAGACCAUUCAGGCUGAGCCCCUGAUCAAGACCAUCCAGCCUGAGCCCCUGACCAAGACCCUGCCCGCUGAGGCCAUCCAGGCCAUCGAGCAGCAACAGCAGCCGAAGCAGCAGGAGAUCCAGCAGAUCAUUCCGGCGCAGAAUGCCGAGAUCAUCGCCGAUGCCAUUGUGCCGCAGGCUUAGAGCCCCGGCCGGAACCAGAACUCAUCUCUGAAUCUCACUCAUCCCUUGGGCAGCUUUGGUUCUUCGACUGAUUCUCAUCGCUGGCCCGGCACAGAAGAUGACCGGGCCACGGGGUAUACCCACAUCCAACAUCACCCACCAAUCGUACAUUUAAUUACUAACACAGAACACACGCAUCCGCACACAUUUUCCAUUUUCCAGACAUUAAUUAACAGAAGCGAAACGAGAAAGAGACAUUCAUUCAUAAUUAUCAUCACGAAACGUUCGUAUUCAUCAUCAUCAUUACAUAUUCAUUAACCAUAACAUUGAAAACGUAAAACAGAACAAUAAAAAAGUGAA